UCUUCCUUCUGUUUUCCCGCCUGACAACGCGAAACGUCGAAACGUAGAUCAAUGUUUUGCGCUUGAAUUCCAAGAAAAUAAGGCUAGAUCUUCUCCAACAAGAGGCAUAUCGAAAAAAAUUAAUGUGUUUACAAAAAGAAGCACAGGAGACAGCUCCGACCGUGCAUCAAAGCAAAGAUCGCGUUUACACCAAUCUUCACUACGUACCCAUCGUCGGUUUCGCAUGCUCAUGCUUGGCGAUACUAGUCCCAUACUGCAUCGCAGUCUACGUAGGGGAUGUGCCAGCUUUCUUGCCCUAUAUAAGUGAUGUUGGCGGUGAUCCACCACAGAGCAUCCUCUUCGGCAUCGGGUUACUGUUUACAGCUGUGAUAGGUGUGGCCGGAAUGUCCUUGAAGUACUUCAUGGUUCAGGAACAGAACUUCACCAAUAAUCCGAUGAUCGACAAGCUAAACAAGCUAACACUUUGUGGAGGGUUCAUGAUAUUCCUAGGAAUGUUACUAGUUGUGCUGUGUCCCACCGGCCACCUACGCAGGGACGGAUCUUGGUACUGGCCCUUGUUUGUUCCACACAUGGUUGGCGCUGCGACAGUUUUCGGCGUCGGUUACUUCGUCGCUGUCAUUCAUUUGUAUCUCCAGAUCCUUCUAGACGCGUCUUGGAGAUCAUCUCGCUUGUUUUACUUACGAGUUGUCCUCUGCAUCAUCGGCAUAACAGCCAUGAUUUUCACUUCAUUUUACUGGCCAAUAUUCAACACACAUGGCCUGGAUCCUACGCCCCAUCAUGGCCGAAAGUAUCCGAGCGGAAUGCUGAAGUCCAUCAUUGGCGAAUGGGUGAUCGUGGUCGUAUUUCAAGUCUACGUGCUCACGUACUUGUCGGAUUUUCGAAAAGCGACAUUCAAAUUUAGGAUCGAACUCUCCACGCACAAAAAGGAUACUUGACGCCUCGUAGCAGGAGUUAGACCAAACAAAACACUACUUUAUAUCCAUAUACUUUACAGUCAUUUAUUUGGUCUCACGCACGCUACGAAGCCUGCAGUCACAGGGGCCACAGCAGGGUUAGGGUAUCUGGCUACAUGAACGAAUAGAGAUAUGUUCGCUUACAAAAUUACUUUAAAAGCGAUAAAAAGCACAGCCCUUUGUAAAAAAAAAUGUACUGUACUGUUCCUCUUGGUUUUAUGGACUUUAUAGGCCUUUAAAGGACCAAACAUAUUCAUAUGCAUAAUUAAACAUCAAUGAGAGUGCACGCAGAACACACGACAGACGCGACUCCUCUCCCUUUGAUGUUGAAUUGUGCCUCACCAAUUCACUCAGGUUUCAGUUCUUGCUGACUAUAUUCACAUGCUAUCGUUGUUUCGGGCGAAGUUCGCUUGUUGUUACGUGAAGAAAUAGCAUGUUGUGGAAUGGAUCCGGUAUUCCUAUGAGAAAAUGGCGUAUUGUGAAAUGGAAUCAGCUGUUCUUUAGUUUGGCCAUGUCGAAAUCAGUUCGUAGUUGUUCUUUGUAACAUUCGUGCUACUACGAAAAUGCGUAUGAUUAAGUGAAAGUACACCCUCAAAGAAUUGGUUUUUCUCGUGGAUUUAUGCAGGAUUCUGAAGUUUUUCCUAAUUUAAUAUUUUUCUGCGGCGAAUUUCCUGCUGCUUGCCGCUUACCACUGCCACUGAUUGUUGAUAAUUUUAAGUGAUAGUGAAUCUCUUUUACGUUCGCGUUCCAGUACUUCCAAGUACUUAAGCUGAUGAUGCGUUUUAAAUGGCCUCCAUGCACUUGUCCUCUGAAUCAGGCUAUAGUUACCACAUUUCUUUUUCAGAGAGGCGAACCCAGGAAUUAGCGCACAUGCAGACACGCCGUUAUACAGGGUGUUGCACGAGAGAGUAACCACUAAUUAUUAAAGAAAAUCUAUGAGAGAUAAAAAUUGGAAACCUUCUGCGGCAAGCCCUUUCACCAUCACCACCGAAACCUUCUGCACGACACUUGUGAAGAUUUUUGCUACCAAAACAGGUGUUUUCUAUAUGAGUGUGCCUCAUUAAUUAGUCUAAUUAGCUUGAUUGAAGUAAAAAAUUUGCCAAGAAAAGUUAACGUGUUUUUUCCCCGUUAAUUAGAAAGCCCAUGGCCACAACACACCAUUUCAGUCAUAAAUACAGGAUCUUUCACAAUGUUUCCACAAAAAUUUGACACCCGAAAACACGUAACAACCGCCAGAAAAACCGUCGCUCGUCAAGGCGCGUUGGCCAAGUUGUCCCGCCUAAAGUAUGGGGAAAAGGAAAGGAAACACAGAAAACAUCACAGAACAUCUGAUGUAGGUGAUUAACAGUAACUGAAGGCUGCGAACAGAUAAGCUUACGAAGGCAAAAUGCGUGAUUGCGCCCGGUCGCCGCCCUCCUUUUUCUGUUUUUCUCAUGCUGUUUUCAUGCGCAGUGGGAGUGUCUUCGGGCCGUGCUGAUUGUCCCGGCACUGCGAAAUCCGAAAGCGCGCUUGCAGAUAUGGCAAGUUUUCGGGUGUCAAAUAGUUGGGGGAUAGUUGAAGAAACUUUAAAUUACGAUUGGAAUAGCAUGUGGUGGCCACGGACUUACUAUUUAAGGCAAAAAAAAAGUUACCUUUCCUUGGCAAAAUUUUGAGUUCAGUUAAGAUAAUUAGCCUAACUAAUGAGGUACACUAUGUGGAAACCUGUGUUCCCACAACCUCGAGGCAUCAGCCCGACCGUUCCGUGGCCAAGGAAGACAGAGCAAGCGAAAAUGCAAACAACUACAACAAAGGUUUAUUCCAUAACUUACACAAACGUAGCGAGAGCGGCAACAUUUCCUUGAGUCUGAGGAAGGACAAA